AUGAUUUUUACGACAAUUCGCCGUACUGUCAAUGGCGCCUUUCUGCGAAAAUUUCCCGUUACCUCCCAGGGCUAUCUUGCCAUCUCAAAACAACAAGUUGCACGAUACAAAGCUGGACCACCGAAAUAUUCGGUUGAGGACCCUCAAAUUGGCGAUUAUCCAAACCUGCCCAUGGAGUCUAGGUUAAAAAGACCGCCACUGGGUUGGUGGGAUAUGCAGAAUAGGAGAAAUUUUGGUGAACUGCUCCACGAAGAAGAGGAAGCGAUAAGUGUAUGGGGUUUCGAUGUUUAUGGUUAUGAUCCUUCUACAUCCUUAAAACAUCUCUCCAUAUUUUUCUUGAGCGUUGGCGUUUUAACAUAUGUCGUUGCAAAGAAUAUGCCGGAAAGACCUGCUUUGCCAAAAACCUAUCCUUACGAUAUUAUGCGAGAGGAGUUGAAAAAAUUAGACGAUCUAAAAGAUGGGAGCCUAAUCCAAGAAGCUGAUGAUUUUAAUGGGCCGGCAUACAACAGUGGAAUAUUUUUCUUGAAAAUACGAAGUUCUGCUUGCGGAAAGUCAUAA